AAAAAGUGUAUAGGAAGGUUAACAACAAAUAAGGGUUGUCUCUUUUUUAAGUGAUUUUUCUCUUUUGUUAUCAUUUUUUGACAUUUUUCCCAUACAAGCUCUAUCCUACACUUAAACCCCACACCAGCCCAUGCCUGUCGUUAUCUUGAUUGAUAAUAGAUUGCUUUUGUCUAGUACUUAUUUUUUCAAAGGCGUUUCAGAUAUGUUAUCCUAGAACCGUCCUGAGAAACUGAUAGGGUCGACUUACAUUUUAUAGAAGCUAUGAAAGGGCUUCUUAUUUUUAGCCCGGCAGCCGUCUCCGGGUUGGGGUCCCAUUGCUGUGACUAAAAUGGGUAUGUCAUCUCUCCAACCUGUGGAGCAGGUACUACAUACAGGGAUCCCACUGAAAGUGGCUCUUCCAUACCAACGGAAGGGAUUCUUUUUAUUGUGCUGUGUCACAGUCAGGGGUUAAUUUCUCCUGAUCUGUUUGUACUUUUUCCAUCCCCAGUUUUAACUAGUUAUUUAAACCCUCAUCAACCGCUUUGGUUCUUUUCUCCCCCGGAUUUUAUUAGCUGCCCCAGUACAGCACCUGUACUUGACAAUUCCUGUUGCUAGUUUGUUGGUACAAUUUUGGAUUACUUUUGAUCUCUUUAAUGUAACAAUUUUUGUCUGAUUGGAAAACUAAGGGAAUGAGGGAACCUAUUAUGUAUAGCCAGCUUCUAGAUUUCAAUGCAAGAACUUUUAUUAAAUAAAACUGCUACUCUAUAGUUUAACAUUAGAAAAGAGGGGAAUAAGUCCACAUUGGGAUAUGUGGUGCCAAUAGUAAUGUAGUCUACACACGUAUUUAAAAUUAUUUUCAAAGGUUUAAAUUAUUAAGGUGAUGGGAGUUUCUAAAAAGAAAAAAAUGGAGGAGAUGGUUGUAGGAAGAAGUUGGUGUAAUUCAUUUUACCGGGCCGAUGUUAUGGUUAUUCUUAGUGGUUCAGUCUAAGCCACUAAGAUUAUGGGACUUAACCUGGAAGGGAGUGAAGGGUACAGAACAGUGAUACAAGAAAGGUGUGCUAUAGAUUACAUGCCAGUAGGGUAGGGCAGACAUAAUAGGUGAGUGUCUUAAGUGUAGUAGCUGCUAUAAUAGAUGCUGGUGUGAGGGUACAGUCUGUGUGGUUAUCAAGUCCCUGGCAUAGACAAGAAAAUGUGAAGCCACAAGCCCUUACUGGGAUAACUGCAAGGUGCUUAAUGCAACAGGAGUGGAGAGACAGGUGGCAAAAGCCAGGGAUGGACUCAGGAAACGAAGGCCUGAUGGUGGAUGGAGGGCCUAGUAUGCCACCCAGGGGAGCUCGGGUAAAGGCUUUGGAUACCCCCAAAAGGUUUUAAACAGCUGCUAAAAACUGUUACCUAUUAAAUAUUUUUCAUAACCUUCUCCAAAGAACUCAAAAGCACCCUCUCAGUGGUGAGUAAUGUAAACUAAGAAAGGAGCCAGCAGUUGAGUGCCCGCUUUGUUUUGGAGGUUCUGCUCCCUGCCUUGGAGGAGAUGAUGUGUAGUGCUCUGGAAAGGCAAAAUGACAGGGGGCCAAAGCUUGAUAGAUGUGGAGGGAUUUGGGAGCUACUGCAAGAGAAAUGGGUCACUUGGUGUAGGGGUGUAGGUGGAAUGAGUUGGGUGGAGAACAAACAUCUGACUAACAAAGGGGAAGGCGUAUCCACUUGCAGGCUUUCCACACAACCAUGAUUUAUGGGGCAGGAAGCCCACAAAUAAUAUCAAUUUAAAUAUGGAAUGAAGUUGAGCAUCUUUAGAUCAUGAAGCACUUUAUACCUGCCUCUAGUUUUUUCAUGGGGUUUAAAUUAAAAAUAUUUUAAAAUAUAUGUAUAUAAAGUAGUGAGUGAGGUUAUGAACUAUAUAAAUGAGAGAAGAUACUAAUCAUCCCUUUUUUGUUCCUAUCUAACCUAUGAUCCAAAUGUUUUGUUGAUGUUGGUUGAUAGCAGAAGUAGCCUCUACACAGGGCUUCUGACAAAACUGCAGCCGGCUCCUCCAGGAGCACCACUGUCUUCAAAAUAUUUGGACAAAGUGCUGGUGAGAAGACCUCGCAGCUACUCACGAGGUGGGGUCUAGAGGCAAUAAAAGCUCACGACCUCAGUGCUUGCACAAGAGGUUUCCUGUAAUGUCUAUUUUCCAGAGGAAUUCUCUGCUAAUGAAGCCAGUUGGCUGUUUGCCUAGUGCCAUCUGGAGACCUGGAAGUGUCACAGAAGUUUGUUAGGCCUUUUCGAGAUUGACUUUGUGGACCUGUCUGCUGACAGGUGGUGACCUUCACUGGGUUGAAGGCAGAGAACUGUGGCGUUGGGUUUGACUCCUUCCAGCAUUUAGGCAGAAAUGCCACUCAACCCCCCUCCCACACCUAUUGCCUGUUUAGUGGCCACUUGGCCUUCUCUGCCAUUUGGUAGCAUCCAUUCCCCCCAAAUUCCUUCUGCCCGUUGGUUCCUAGUCAGGUCUUACCCAAUCUAACUCCAUCCAGUAUGCGCUUACCUGAUGAAAACUGAUGGCAUGAAGCAGGGUCACUUGCAUUUCCUUCUAAGGGCCAGGACGAAAUAUCCAGUAGCACCCUUCCAGUGGUUAGCUUAAACCUUGACAGGCUUGAAGCACUUGUCCUAGUUAUUAGUGGAGAAGACAGCUGAUCAUAAUGCAGGGGUUUGGGAGUCCUAUGUAAAGCCCAGCUCUGGGUGGGCUUCCUGUCAACUGUUUUGCCAUCAGAGGCUGUGAACCUAGGUGGAAACCCUAAGUCCAUUUUUUUCUACUUGCAGUUUAAGUGAGAAAAGAUUGUUCUGGGGGUGAUGCUGAAAUUCUGAACACACUGGUGUGUUUUACUUCUUGAUUAGGGCAAUUUUGCUUGCACAAAAGGUCUUUGAAAAGCCUCAUGAUAAUAAUACUUUUUAUGUCUAUGAAUCAAAAUGGCUCAGUUCUGGCAAUUUUUACAUUAAGGGACAAUGUAGGAGUGGGUUUCAAAUAUCUCUCUUGAUUAUUCUAAAUUAUUUGGGCAUAUGUUUCUAAUUGGCAAAAAAAAAAAAGACUUAAGAAAUAGUCAUUUUUAUUCCAUCAAGUUAAUGGUGAAUGGCUUAUUUAAUAAAGCAUGUCUGUGAUUUAACACAAAUAGCACCGUACAGCUGUUCAUUUGUCAAUCUUUUUGCCUGUUGAAGCGCCUUAGACUUUUAUUAAAGGAUAGAGUCACUUAGAGGAGAAAUCUGUCAUUUUAAAUCAUUCGUCCCUAAGCUACUAGGUUAGGUGGGUGCUGCAAGAAGCAUCCUUCAUGGCUUGAGAAUCGAAAUCCUCGAUUUUUAUUUAUGUUAUUUAUUUUUUUCUGCGCUAAAAGCCACCAGAGAGAAGAUUGACUUCAUAUCUGCAGAGGAACGAUUGCCUGAAAGCACACAGCGAGUUGGUAGGGAAGCGGGUUGCUCACGUAGGACUCCUGGUCCUGCGCUCUAGCUCUAACCACUGCUACCCGCCUUCGCCCACAUGUGCACUGGGGAGUUAUAAAGUGAGUUAUGAGAAUAAAAAGGCGGGAAGUCCUUCCUCUCAAUCUUAAGGAGCAGCGUUCUGCGGUGGGAGCUCCGUGGACCCAGGGUCCUUGCCUUCAGCAUCUUAACCUUGCUCCCCUUCCUCCGAAGUUGCGGAGGUGCCGGGAAGAGGAGGGGCUUUGCUUCGGGCGUCCGAGUGAUUGGCUGCCCAGGGCCCCUGGCGAGGGCUGUGUGGUCCAGCCCGGGUGGAGAGGGGCGGAGCGGCCACUGCUCCAACCAUCGCCACCACUGCCACAGUUGCAGCCUCAGCUGCUAGGCAAGUAGCUCCUAGCCGCGGCUUCCUUGGAACCCCGACGAGGACGAGGGCACUACGCUCUGUUCUUUUCUGCUCGCUCCGCACGGAACCAUGCUGGCCACCUGCACGUAACCAGCUCGUCGGGGCAGCCGCGGCCCGACCCUGUAUACAGUCGCUCUCCCGAGUCCAGUUUUCCUCACACGGAACUCGGUCUCUGCUCGUCCCUCUCAACCAUGCCCCGGGCGACUGCACUUGGGGCCCUUGGGCCACUGCUACUACUGCUGCUGCUGCUGCUGCUGCUGUUGCCGCUGCCCCGCCACGCCGAGGGCCUCGGGGAGCGCUCAGACGCCGCCUCGGACUACUCGGCGCUGGAAGGCGAGGAAAGCGCGGAGCAGCAGCUGGAGUAUUACCACGACCCGUGCAAAGCUGCUGUCUUUUGGGGAGACAUUGCCCUAGAUGAAGAAGACCUCAAGCUAUUUCAUAUCGACAAGACCCAAGACUGGAUCAAGCAGUCAGUGGCAGAAACGGGGCAUCAGACAGGUGGCCUUGAAGAACAGUCAUUCGAGAGCUGGUCGAAUGCUACAGCCACGAAUGCCAGCAGCCAGGAAGCUAGAAAGGAUGGCAAGGAGAAUGUCAUGCUUCCGCAGAACCCUGGGACCUCGAAUGGCAGAGCUGAGACCUUCUCUCCCCGGGUCCGAAGAGCCACAACCUCAAGGACAGAGAGGAUAUGGCCUGGAGGCGUCAUCCCCUACAUCAUUGGAGGGAACUUCACUGGAAGCCAGAGGGCCAUUUUUAAGCAGGCCAUGAGACACUGGGAGAAGCACACCUGUGUGACCUUCAUAGAGAGGACGGAUGAAGAAAGCUUUAUUGUGUUCAGCUACAGAACCUGUGGCUGUUGCUCCUAUGUUGGGCGCCGAGGAGGAGGCCCACAGGCCAUAUCCAUUGGGAAAAACUGUGACAAGUUCGGCAUUGUGGCUCAUGAGCUGGGCCACGUGGUUGGGUUCUGGCAUGAACACACCCGGCCAGACAGAGAUCAGCAUGUCACCAUCAUCAGAGAAAACAUCCAGCCAGGUCAGGAGUAUAAUUUCCUAAAAAUGGAAGCUGGGGAAGUGAGCUCUCUGGGAGAGACGUACGACUUUGACAGCAUCAUGCACUACGCCCGGAACACCUUCUCAAGAGGAGUUUUCUUAGACACCAUCCUCCCCCGUCGAGACGACAAUGGCGUCAGGCCAACCAUCGGCCAGCGUGUGCGGCUCAGUCAGGGAGACAUAGCUCAAGCCAGGAAGCUGUACAAGUGCCCAGCUUGUGGGGAGACGCUGCAGGACACAACGGGAAACUUCUCUGCACCUGGUUUUCCAAACGGCUACCCUUCCUAUUCCCAUUGUGUCUGGAGGAUAUCGGUCACUCCAGGGGAAAAGAUCAUCUUAAACUUCACGUCCAUGGAUUUGUUUAAAAGCCGCCUGUGCUGGUACGACUACGUGGAGGUCCGGGAUGGGUAUUGGAGAAAAGCGCCCCUGUUGGGUAGGUUUUGUGGUGAUAAGGCCCCGGAGCCCCUUGUCUCCACCGACAGCCGACUCUGGGUGGAGUUCCGGAGCAGCAGCAACAUCCUGGGCAAGGGUUUCUUCGCGGUGUAUGAAGCGACGUGUGGGGGAGACAUAAACAAAGAUGCUGGUCAGAUCCAGUCUCCCAACUACCCUGAUGACUACAGACCUUCCAAGGAAUGUGUUUGGAGGAUUACGGUUUCAGAGGGUUUUCACGUGGGGCUCACCUUCCAAGUAUUUGAGAUCGAAAGGCAUGACAGCUGUGCAUAUGACUACCUGGAAAUCCGAGAUGGGCCCACGGAAGAAAGCGCCCUGAUUGGCCACUUUUGUGGCUACGAGAAACCAGAGGAUGUAAAGUCGAGCUCUAACAGAAUGUGGAUGAAGUUUGUGUCCGAUGGCUCCAUCAAUAAAGCGGGCUUUGCAGCCAAUUUUUUCAAGGAGGUGGACGAGUGCUCCUGGCCAGACCGCGGCGGCUGUGAGCAGCGCUGUGUGAACACCCUGGGCAGCUACAAGUGCGCGUGCGACCCCGGCUAUGAGCUGGCCGCCGACAAGAAGACGUGUGAAGUGGCCUGUGGCGGCUUCAUUACCAAGCUGAAUGGAACCAUCACCAGCCCGGGCUGGCCAAAGGACUACCCGACCAACAAAAACUGUGUCUGGCAGGUGGUGGCCCCCGCCCAGUACCAGAUCUCUCUUCAGUUUGAAGUGUUCGAACUGGAAGGCAAUGACGUCUGCAAGUACGACUUCGUGGAGGUGCGCAGCGGCCUGUCCCCAGACGCCCGGCUGCAUGGCAGGUUCUGCGGCUCCGAGACCCCGGAGGUCGUCACCUCGCAGAGCAACAACAUGCGCGUGGAGUUCAAGUCGGACAACACGGUCUCCAAACGCGGCUUCCGGGCCCACUUCUUCUCAGACAAGGAUGAGUGUGCCAAGGACAACGGCUGGUGCCAGCACGAGUGCGUCAACACGUUUGGGAGCUACCUGUGCCGGUGCCGGAACGGCUACCGGCUGCACGAGAACGGACAUGACUGUAAAGAGGCUGGCUGUGCGUACAAGAUCAGCAGUGUGGAGGGGACCCUGACGAGCCCCAACUGGCCUGACAAAUACCCGAGCCGGCGGGAGUGCACCUGGAACAUCUCUUCAACCGCAGGCCACAGGGUGAAACUUACGUUUAACGAGUUCGAGAUCGAGCAGCACCAGGAGUGUGCCUACGACCACCUGGAAGUGUACGACGGCCCCGACAGCCUGGCACCUGUCCUUGGCCGCUUCUGCGGCAGCAAGAAGCCAGACCCCGUGGUGGCUUCGGGCAGCAGCCUGUUCCUUAGGUUUUACUCGGACGCUUCGGUGCAGAGGAAAGGGUUCCAGGCAGAGCACAGCACAGAGUGCGGGGGCAGGCUGAAGGCCGAAGUGCAGACCAAAGAGCUCUAUUCCCACGCCCAGUUUGGGGACAACAACUACCCGAGCCAGGCCCACUGCGACUGGGUGAUUGUGGCGGAGGAUGGCUAUGGCGUGGAGCUGAUAUUCCGGACCUUUGAAGUGGAGGAGGAGGCGGACUGCGGCUACGACUACAUGGAGGCCUACGACGGCUAUGACAGCACAGCGCCCAGGCUCGGCCGCUUCUGUGGCUCUGGGCCACUGGAAGAAAUCUACUCUGCAGGGGACUCUCUGAUGAUCCGGUUCCACACGGACGACACCAUCAACAAGAAAGGCUUCCAGGCCCGGUACACCAGCACCAAGUUCCAGGACGCCCUGCACAUGAAGAAAUAAUGUCGAUGCUCUUGAAAGACAGCAGCUGAGAUGGGUUGUUUUUUUUUUUUUAAAUAAAAAUAGCACCUUGUGAGUCUGCCUAAAAUGGUGUACAGUAUUUUUCUCAAACAGAACCUCAAAAUCUAGUCCUGGAGGUGUGUAUUUGAAGAAGCUUGGCCAACAAGGAAGAGAGAAGACGUUCCUCGGAUUCCAGCUGCAACAUGACCCAUUGUGGGCUUUUAAAGAAGGUUACGGUUUGAAGUCACUGAUCAUUCAAGCUAUGCCUGCUGUUACCCAUUGUCCUUGUCACUCGCUCCUGUGGGGCGAAAGACCCACCCUUCGGUCAGUCAUCCCUCCAUUUCUGGACGUGCUUCCAUAGGUGCCAGUCAUGUGACCAUGCCCUGGAGACUUGGGCUGUCUUCUGUCUGCACUGGGCGAUGAGGGUGAAAGCUGGGCCCCGGCUGGUUUGCUUCUUAGAGCUGUGGCUGGGGACGUGCGCAGCAGGAAACCUGAGCAUAUGGACAUUGGAACUAAGACAGACAUCGCAGUCAGCAGCACACGGAGGGAGCGUGUGCAUAAGAAUUGCGGUCACAAAGUUAGGAGACCAAGAACCUUUCUCUGUGUCAUCUGUCGGCUCUCCCUGUCCCUGUUUUUCCCCAUAUCCCUAAUUGCAUCGGGGGGCUAAGGCACCUGUGGAGUCCAGCAGAACAUUCACUGGUGAGGGCCCCCAGCUUGCCAAGAAGAAAAUGUCCCGGCGCGUUUUGACACUCCUUUGCUCACCAACAUUGAGAAGACUCCACCUGUGCGCCGGGGGGUUCCAUGGGCUUAGAAGGACCUGCCUUCCUCCAGCUGCAGAGACACCUGCUGUGGUUGACCUUGACUCUUUGACAACCAGUUCAAACGGCAUUUGCAAGGUGUGCAAAGACAUCUUACAAGGGCCCAGCUCCGGUCCCUCGUGGGGCGAACACUGCUGAAAACUGGUUAAUUAUAACUUAUGGAAGAAUCAACACCUUGUGGAACAAAUUAACCUUGUCUAACUCCUGUAACCAAUCAGGUUAAAGACUGUACUGGUGACUCUGCUCAGACGGACUAGCAUCCAAUCACCAGCUUGCAAUCAGAAUUCACCACACUUGGCACUUGUCCUAGAGAAGUGUAGAGGUUGUUGUUUACAUAAUUUUAGAACCUCCAGGUAAACUUUAAAUAGCGAGGUAGUUUUGAAUGGCAUUUCAUUAAGGCGUCUAUGGGCAUUAUGAGCUAAAAGCUGUGGUAUGUAGCUUUAAAAGAGUAUUUAUGUCGGGAUAACUAAGUGAUGUUUACAUGGCCAUGAGUCCUGUCUGGUGGGCGCUGGACACAGGACAGAGCCCCAGGGGGUUUUCAGUGAGAGCGCAGACAGCUCCCAAGCACCAGAACUCCUUUGGGCUGAAUGAGCAUUAUUUUAACAAAGUAUUUGCAAAAGGUUAAAGGUUAUAUUUUUUAAAGAUCGGAAUAUGCCCCCAGAGGACUAUGUCUAAUUAAAAUAUUACUGGGAGUAAAAAAGAAUGAAAAAAAGAAAGAAAGAAAGAAAGAAAGAAAGAGAAUAAUAGAAAGAAAGGUGGAAAAUGCAUGGAAAUAUUUUUCCUUAUAACAAAAAAUCAAACUAUUAUUAUGAAUGAUAAUAUAUGUCUGUAUAUAUAUGUAUGUAUGGGAAGGGUCCGCUGUCAGAGCCUUAAAUCAGUGCAGGGUGAUGCCGGCCGGCCCACCGACCGUAGCUUUACAGAGCCGGCCCUCCUGGCCCUGCAACGCACCCGCCUCCUCUCCGCAGCCCUCCCGGCCUCUCUGGGCCCUGCGUGGGGGUUCAGCCUGCAUUCUCUACUGCGACAGAGCACAGACCCUGCCCCAGGAGUCUCUGGGUCAGCAAGUGGAGCAGCUUGUCUCGUGGUCCCCAUCUCACCGGCCUGUGAGGGUGGAUUCCAUUUCUCUGACUUUUGUAUUUUUCUGAGGUUUUAUUUUUGUCUCAGCUUAUCUGUCCAAGUUAAAGCUGGAAUCAGGAUACGUACGGUGGCUGUUAAGGGUUUCUCUCCAAAGACAUGAAAACUGUGUCCUUUCAACCUGUAGAGGUCUAACAAAGAUUAACAAGUUCCCUGGAAAAGCGAGAGGGAGUCAGAAACAGCCAGCUUUGCCUCAGUAAAUGCCCCUCCCAACCCCAGAGAAACAAUGGGACUAAUUUUGAUCUCUUUAGUAUGGGUAUUUUCAAAAACACACAACUUCAACAAUUACCAACCUAUGGCCAAUGUGAAACAAUGGGACUCCUGUGAGACCCUUCAGUGAGGCCUUCUGGGAGUGACGUGUUCCCAGCAAAGACAAGCUCCGAUUCAGCCGGGGCUGCCCAGCUCGCUCCCCUGGAAGCACUCACUCAGGGGACUUGUGCACAAAGCAGGCUCUGCAAGAGUCCGCACAUCUGGCCUCAUGCAGGAAAGUCCCUUCAGCAGAAAGAUCCAGGCAGGCCUCUGGCCCUGGCUCUUCCAAGUGCUCAGAACCCUCCCUCCACACACCCCUGGGUGCAGAGGAAGGAGCCAGGGGACGCUGCUGCAGCCAGCUUGGUCCUUGCACUGGGUGUUGGGCCCUGGGGAUGUCACAGAGCUCCCAGACUAGCUUCAGUUCAGAGAAUCACCUUGACGACCUGAUGAAAUAGUCAGGGUCCAGGUCUUCAGCCUGGUCCAAUGCCAGUGUCAUCUGGUCUAGCCGGAGCGAGAACCUGGGCCCCGGGGCAGGGGAAGGGUCUGGGAGUAACUCGACCUGCAGCAUUUCCCCCAACAGAGAACACACGUCUGUGUGUUGGUUCCCUGGAGCUCUGUUGUCUUCCAAAGGGAAGUUUCCUAUCACGCGUGGAGUGUUCACACUCUUCCAAUCGUUUGUAAAAUCUCGUUAACUGGUAAGGUCGCCCAGGGACUUGCCAGGGAUCCGGCCCCUUGGAGGAGCCUCGCAUGACUCCUGGUGCCGUGGUCGCUCAGUUUGGGAACCUCUUCCGUGGCUCUGGCAGGCGUCUUUCCAGUUUCCUCUGUGGACAGAACUUCU